AUGCGCAGAUCAUCGCUGUUCCCCCUGUUGUUUGUGGCAAUCGCCGCCUUUCAUUCUCUUCUGCAACUGUGCCAAUCGCCACUAUUCACAUCGUCUCGUAACCGCCGAUCACCACUCUUCUCUCUCUUGCCAUUUCGAAAGUGCGAAUCAGCACAGUUGCCAAUCAUCAGUGCUCACUAUCUUGUUCGUGCCAAUCGCCACUAUUCACAUCCUCUUCUAACCGCCAAUCGCUACUAUUGUCACGUGCUAAUCAGAUCCGCUGAAUCAUCUCACUUCUCCCUCAAUCAUGAGAGAGCACCAAUCGCAAAUACUCACCUUUUCAAGCACCAAUCGCAAAUACUCACAUUUUCAAGCACCUAUCGCAAGUACUCACAUUUCCAAUUGCCAAUCUUCGCAGUUCACUCUCUUGGCCAUUUGAGAACAAACGUCGCCACUUUUCAAAUCCCUCCUCACCGCCAAUUCACAUCUCCUAACCGCCAGCACAUACCCCAAUCGCCAAUUCUUUCCCCCAACCACCGGUUAACACCCCCGACCGCCGAUUCACAUCCCUCGAAUCAUCACAGCUCAGUUUAUCCAAAUAUCGUAGCCACGACCAUCAGAGUCCAGCCUUUGUGUUGUUCGAUACUUUUACUUCCAAUCUAA